AUGGGGGAAGCCCCGGGCGCCCGCGAAUCCCCGACUGCUUCCCCCCGGGAGCCCAUCACCCCGAAGCGACCGCCCAAACGACCAAGACCAGAAACACCAAAGGGGACCACACAACCUGCUCCUACCCUCGGGAACUGGCAAUUACCUGGCCAGUCUGUUCAGGACACACCCCCAGCAUCCCCCUCCCAUGAAACCCCCAGAGUCAAUUGGGCCUCGAGCUCCAAAGCCACAUUGCAGCAGCGUCAGAAAGUCACCAGUUGGGAGGAAAAAGGCCUUAGGAGUGCAGCAGCCUUGGGAAAAGACUUUAGGACCCUGGUCCUCAAUUUCAGCAAGAACUUGGCGACUGGGAACACCACCAAAGGGGAAGAGAACCACCAGUCCUUUCCCUCUGCGCACAGAGGCUAUGCUGAAGCUGCUAAAAAAGCCCCAGCUAACAUCCCCAAGACAUAA